AUGUACUCUUCAGCAUCUUAUCUUCCUCAAGGCUCUCCUCAUAGAGAAAGAGUUCAUCAAAUAGCUUAAAAGCUUGCUAAUAUUUAAAUUGGAGUAGAAAGAGAGAGAUACUUGAAAUUCGAAAAUGCUUUGGAAAAUUUAGAAGAGUUAGAAUAGAGAUUCUCUCAAUCAACUUCUGAUUUCGAUAAUAAGCUUAAUAGUAUAAGAGAAAGUUUACAAAAGGCUUAAAAGGUUUAUGAGAAAGAAAAAAUUGAGUAUAAUCAACUACAAGAAGAGCAAAAUAAAUCUAUCAGUUAGAUAUCACAAAAAUUCUCUGAAGCAAUAGAAUAGGAAUCUCUUACAAGAAGGGAAGGUGAAAAUAGUAUUAUCAGAGCUUUUGAAGAUACAACAUAAUCUGUUAAGAAUAAAAUAGCUGAAGAAGUCCAUUAAAGAGAUUAAGAAGUCAAUAUUAUUACUUCAAAUCUCAAUUAUGAUAUUCCCAAAAUUGCAGAAGCAAUUAUAACAUAAACAAAGGAAAGAGAGCUUUAAGAUUAGGAAAUUAUGAAGAUAAUUACUUCUGAAGUUUUAGCCAUAAAUGAAAUUAUUCAAAGGGAAAAGGCAACUCGCGAAGAAUAAUCAACUAUUGCUCUCGAUACUCUUAAGGAUGUCAUUUAAAGAGUUAAAGCUGAAAUUGAAAAUGAAAGAAGAACAAGAGAAGAUAUAGAGACAUAAUAUCUUACAACAUUCGAUUCAUUAGUAACUAAGCUUGCUACUGUUUCUCAAUUUUGA